ACUCUAUGCCGGCCUCCUUUUCCUCUCUUCUCCAUUUUUCCAGGACUAUAGCAACCUGUCUGGCUCAGACAAAAGAUUCCUAUUUCGAGCAUCAUUUAAGCUAAUAUAAAUAUACAAAAUUUUAAAAUAAAACCCCAAAUGGCAAACCCUAGAGUUUUCUUUGACAUCACUGCAAAUGGGAACCUGCUCGGGAGAGUGGUUAUGGAGCUCCGGGCUGACGCCGUCCCCAGGACAGCAGAGAACUUCAGGCAGCUGUGCACAGGGCAACCUGGCUUCGGCUACAAAGGCUCCACCUUCCACCGCGUCAUCCCUAACUUCAUGUGCCAGGGUGGUGACUUCACAAACCAUAACGGAACCGGUGGGAAGUCCAUCUACGGUCCUAAAUUUGAGGAUGAGAACUUCUCUCUGAAGCACACGGGGGCCGGCUGCCUGUCCAUGGCCAACGCUGGACCCAACACCAACGGCUCGCAGUUCUUCAUCUGCACAGCACUCACCAGCUGGCUGGAUGGGAAGCAUGUGGUCUUCGGGCACGUCGUGGAAGGCAUAGAUGUUAUCAAGAAGGUGGAGGCCUAUGGUAGUAACAGCGGCAAGACCAGUGCUGAGAUCGUCAUCGCCGACUGCGGCCAGCUCUAGAUGUGUCCCGCCUCCUAUCCUACUCAACACACCUUGAUCUCUUAGUCCCCUUGAAACACUGCUCAAAUCAUGGCGUUCCUGUCCUGCUUUGACACCUGCUAGUCCAUGUCCCUCUUACCCUGUCCACUGUUUUAACGAGUUGCCUUUUAUUUUAUUUAUUUUAUUUUUUAAUUUUUUUUUUUUUUGGGGGGGGGCUCGGUUUUCAUUUUGCAACUAGAAGCCCAUGGGCUGUGAGACUUGUGUAUCAAAAUCUGAAAAUAAAAAGGGGAACAACAAGCUUGAGACAUUUCUCACUACUUGCUCGUGUGCUAAAAUGGCUGGUUUUGAUCCUAGCUAACAAAUUUCCUACACUAGCUAGGAACUUUCUCAGCUAGCUGAUAAAAUUCCAUUUCAGUACGGUAGUAGCAUGACGGUUAAGUGGUGGAAUAAUUUGGUUAAAUGAUGUUUCGCACUUUCUCAAAACGUCAGCCCAGACAUGGUGUUUGGCAUUUGGAGGGGGAGGGUUUGUUUUUUUUGUUUGUUUGUUUUGUCCUUUUAUCACAGUGGAGCUUCAAAGUUGAACAAAAAUUGUUCUGUUUACACAAAAAAAAAGCAUCGAGUGACAUCAAGCACCUCCUGACCAAUCAGGUUGCAAAAAAAAAAAUGGACAAAGUGCUGGUGGCAAAAAAAAAAAAAAAGUUCUGUAUCUUGUUGUUGAGUGAAUACAACACCAUGUUGAACUGAAUAUUUUGUUGGCGGUAUGUUGCAACUUGAAUAACUAGCACUGCGUACAGUAAAGUCCAACACUUUAGCAGCUCCA